GCCUCCCGCAGCUCGCCCCUCCUGCCCUUCCACGCCGCUGGGCUGCACUGUCUGGUCGGUCCCCCUCUGCCUCCGCCCCGCUGUCCUGAUUGUCUCUCCCUCCUUCCCUCAGAGGAUGUCCUCCUUCCAGCUCAACCUCAACCCGCUCAAGGAGCCGCUCGGCUUCAUCAAGGUCCUCGAGUGGAUUGCUUCUAUCUUUGCUUUUGCCACCUGUGGAGGUUUUAGGGGCAACACAGAAAUUCUAGUGAGUUGUCCUAAAAGUCAUGAAAAUAAAACGAUUACAGCUUCUUUUGGAUAUCCAUUCAGGUUGAAUCAAGCAUCGUUUAAGGCACUUCCAGAUGUAAAUGUGUGUGGUAUUGACUGGAAAACUCAAGUCCUUAUUGGUGAUUACUCUUCCUCUGCGCAAUUCUACGUGACGUUUGCAGUCUUUGUCUUCCUGUACUGCAUUGCUGCUCUUCUGCUCUAUGUUGGUUACACAAACCUGUAUCGGGAUAAUCGCAAACUUCCCAUGGUUGACUUCGUUGUGACUCUCGUAGUCACUUUCUUGUGGCUGGUGAGCACUUCAGCCUGGGCUAAAGCUCUUACAGACAUUAAAGUAGCCACAGGUCACAAUAUCGUCCAGGAGCUGGGGCCUUGUAAACAGGGAGUGACGUGUUCUUUUGUCUCUGUGACUAGUAUGGGAUCCCUAAAUGUAUCUGUGAUCUUCGGCUUUCUGAAUAUGAUACUUUGGGGAGGAAAUGCAUGGUUUGUGUACAAGGAGACCAGCUUACACAGUCCAUCGAAUACUUCUGCUUCCCACACCCAAGGAGGUCUUCCACCUCCUACCGGAAUGUAAUUAAAGGGAGAAGUCCGCUGUAUGAAAUACAUCUAUACUAUGACUUGUUGCCAACAUCUUGAGAAGCAUUAUUUGUUUCUAAUAAAAGUAAUGUUUUUUUCAGUAAAUUGGUGGGUUUAAAAUUUUGCUGCUUUUUUACAUAAAGCCUGUGCCUUUCUGGGAAAUUUAAGAUGUAAAUGUAUUCUCACAUGUAAAUUUGAAAAUUCAGGGGCCUAUUAUGAGAUGAUACACAUUUUUAAAUGAAUGGUCAUUUCUUCACUAAGUUGUUUGCCUUCCAAAGUGUUUACACCUUAAGCCUUAACAUAUAUUAUCACUCAGAAAAGAGUUAUAUUGUCAUAUCAUAAUAGGAAGAAAAUCUCUAUUUGGAAUAUACACUUCUGUAAGUUUGUACAGAUCAUAUACCUAAAACCUGUCUUUAAGAAAGCCUUGAUUACAUAAAUCAUAUUUAGAAAAAACAUUGAGCUCAGAAUUUAUAUCUGAACAUUAUUUAUAUGUUAUGAAAAAUUUUUAAUGGCAAAGACUGGGUGUAUGUUUUAUUUCUGUUUUUCUAAAUGGCCUACAGUAGUACUUAAUCGGUGUGCUAAAGUUGUUUUGGGAGCAGGGUUAAAAAAUUCUGAUAGAUGUAUAGUAAAUUUAGAAAUUCUGUCUCAUGACCAGCUUCCAUUAUGCUGGUUGUUGAAUAGACUUGCUGUGUAAGUAGAAAGAACAUGUUCAAUUAGAUGUUUUGAUAUGUACGGGCAUUACUCUUAGUGAUAGUUGUUUGCUGUCCUUUGUUGGUCUUACCACUGAAGUGCCGGCUGAGACCUAAGUCUCCUUGCAAGUAGAGUAAAAUAUAAUCCACCUUUUUUUUUGCAGACCCUAUUCAGAAAGUUUAAAAAAAUUAAGAUUGCAUUUUAUUUUUGAAACAUUUGACACUUCGAUUCAAUGAAGUUGCUAUUUUGAGUUUAGCAUUGAUAUUGUGAAAAUAAAUGAGAUUCGGAUUUCAUGUUUUUUAAUGUUCAUUUUUAUUUCACAAAUGGAUGAUUAAGGAAUUAUGCAUCAUAAACUGGGAACCUAAGUGAGCUUUAUUAUGGGUGUACUGUCUUUGCACACACAUUAGGCAUGUUCUGAGUACAGGGCUUAUUCACAUUUAGCUUUCUAAUGUUUUGUACAGAGCCAGAUAUCCUACUCUUAACCACAUGAUUGUAUGUGAAGCACAUCUUGCUAGUGCCUUAUUUGUGUUGAUUUUGUUCAUGACAAGAAUUGUCAGUAUGAGAAUGUAUAUCUUAUGCAACCAACUUAAUAAAGAAGUUAAAAGAAAGAGUGCACUGAUUGUUAUAUUACAAGGAAUCCUUCAUCUUAAAGGCAGGAGCAAUGCAAAAUGGAAUUAAUUUCCCAAGAAAGAAAUAGAAUAUCACAAUAGUUCUUUUAAAUGUUUGGCAAGGAAUAAAAGAAACAGAAAAUGCUUUGGAGACUGUGGUUCUAUCCUUUUUUUCUUUCAAUCUUAUUUUUAAAAAUGCUUGUUUGUAACUUUCAGGUUGUUUUCCUGUAAACCUUUUCUAAUUGUCCAUUUGGUUAAGCACAGUCAUUCUUGAUUAAGGGUGUAUGUUCUGAAGCCAAGCUGUCUGAAUUUGAAUCUUGGCUUCAUUACUUAACUAGCUAACUUGAGGCAAAUUGCUUACCCUCUGGUAUGCCUCAAUUUACUUAUCUGAAAAAUCUGAAUAAGAAUACUACUGACCCCUCAGUAUUUGUGAGGCUGAAGUGAGUUAAAAAAAAAGUCCUUAGAAACAGUGUUCAGCAUAUAGGAGGCACUUUAUAAAUGUUGACUGUGAUUACUAACUUUUGAUAGUAUGUAAUAUAGGGACUCUUAACCUGGAGUCCAUGGGGCUGGAACGGGAAGGGUUGUGGUCUUGGGCAGAGGCAGGGUGAGCUGCAGGAUUACAUGGGUCUCCCUUUAAAUUCCUCCAAGACUCCGGGAUGUUUUUGGUAUUUGCUUUUCUGUUGGUGGUAAAUGUACAUAAAAUUAAUGACAUUAAAAGUAGCUAAUGAGAUUACAGCAGAUCUAGAAAGGAGUUUAUUCUGUUGCCUUUUCAUUCCCGGAUUUUGAGUCAACAUUACAGGGUUAAGCAAUUUAUGGGAAUAUAGUUUCUAGGUGACAGGUUAUUUAUAAACAGCAUCAUUAUUACUGAUUUUGUGAAUUGAAGUCACUUGGAUAAGAUACUUAAAGUAAUUAUUAACCUGCUGUAAAUGUUAAGGACAGUAUUGCUUAUUAUGUACUUUGUUUCACAAUUCGUAAAUUCUUAAUUACGUGGUAUUUCAGAGGCAACUAUAAACAAUAAUAUAACCAAGUACCCACCACUAAGUUGAACUGAUGUUAACAUUUUGUUCUCUGCGUCAGAUUUGCUUUGGUUUUGUCUUUUUAAGAAAACAGAUACAGCCUUUUUCUUACUGAAGUACAGCUGGAUUUUUCUCACCUUUCACUAUUGCAAAUAGCACUGAAAUAUUUUUGUGAAAUAUGUGAAGGCUUCUCUAGGAAUACCACUAGAAGUGGAACUGUUAGAAUGUCAGAUAUUUACAUUUCAUUUGUAACUCAGAUAUUAUAAAAUUGUUUCUAAUAAAGUGCUUGUACCAAUUUAGUCUCCCACCAAUAUGUAACAGUCCCUUUGGCCCCAUAUCCUUGCCAAUAUUUGAUGUUAUUGGAUUACUGCCAAUCUGAUGGGUUUGAAAUCGUAUUUUGAUGUUUUUUAAUUUGUAUUAUUCUGAUUGCUAUUGAGAUUAGAGAUCUUUUUCUGUACUUAUUGGCCACAUAGGUUUCCCAUACUCUGUAUUGCCUAGUCAACAUCCUUCAUGGUUUGUGCUUUUUGUGUCUUAAGAAAUCUUUCUCAAUGUCAUAAAGAUAUGUAUCUCUG